CCGAGCUCGACGGGCCAAAAAUCUCUCUGGCGAAGCGGACCGACGCGCUGAGACGGGAGUCAUUCCAAAACACCUUACUCGCUCUUCCGAAGACUACGCCCCCCCUCGACUGCCAUUCACCGGCAAUAGUGGAAGCUCUAGUGUGCCCUCUUCACCACGCAACUUGAGAAACUUGUCCGGAACAAGUUCGCAGAACACGGCAUCGAAGGCCAUCCCUCAUAACGUGUAUGGUACAACCUCCAAAGCUUUCCAUGGGAAAGCCGCCUCAGCCACUGGCAGCUAUCAUUCCCGUUCCGAAAUCAGACCUGCGGACCGACAUGCACACAGUCACUCACUACCGAGAUCGAGACAUCCCAACUUCUACGAGCAAGCCCAUGGUGUAUCCACAAGUGGACAUCCUGCCAUGCAGAUUUAUCAAGGGUACGGGUACCCUUCCAUGCCUAUGACACUUCCAAUGGUGGGUGGAAUGGUGUAUGACCCUUAUGCCAUGUACGGGGCGUCUGGCAUUGGAUAUCCUCAAGGAGGAAGGAGGUAAUGAUCUCGUCGUCGUGGUCACCCCCUCCGUUCUCCAUACGAUAUUUUUCCACACUAAUCAUUCUUCUACCUAUUUCUGCAUUUUCCCAUCCGUCUGUACCGUAUUGAUAGCGAUCAAACAUUCAAACUCUGCAUCUCGUAUCCUAUCUCACCAGAUCACGCCUUCACGACCUAACGAUCGGACAAUCUACACAUCUUCUUGUAGCAUAGCCAUAGUCACAGCUCUGCUCUACUCUUGUUUUCUCUUUUGGUAGUUUUACAUGCAAUUUCUAAUGCCAGC